CACCAUAUAACAGACAAUAACCCUCCUUGGCUAGCGUCAACCGUAGGAUCAUGAAUCCAUGACAUCAAACCCAUCCUUCAUUCAUUUCAUGUUAAACAGUAAUCACUUUACAAUAUUCAACGACUCCGUUCUCAUCGUUAUCGAAAUUCGAAACCCUAAUCAGCUCCUUCACUUCCCUUCUCCAUCAACUCUCUCUGCAUCUCUUUCUCAUUCCAUUUUGCUUUAACCAGAAAGACGCAUUAGGGCCAGGGCCACCUAAUGAUAGGAUUUCCAACCUCUGCAUAAGUUUGAUACUUUUCAAUUGAAUGGAUCCAGUGCCUGCUAAUGUGUCUAUUCCACCUCCUGUGAAAGUACCAUCUACUGCACCUCAUGCUAAAGAGGCUGAUGGACAAGCUUCUGCUGCUGUAGCCUCUGGACAAGAUAAUUCUGGCCGUGAAGCACCAUCUAGGCUAUCUCCCACCGGCAUAUCUUCUUGGGCUAAAAAUUUAAAACUUUCUCAAUCAUUUUCUGGAUCCCAAGAUGACCCGUCGAGUGGAAAUGUUGGAAAAUCAGCUUUUGCACGCAUUACAAGUAAUUUGGGAUUGCGGUUGUCUCCAAAAUCUCCUGCGGCAGAUGACAAUUCCAAUGAACCAGCGGCACAAUCUAAUUUGUUUGGAAGUAUUACGAAAGGUCUAGUUGACUCUUCAAAGAAUGCGGUGAAAGCUGUGCAGGUUAAAGCACGGCAUGUUGUUUCUCAAAAUAAACGAAGAUACCAGGAAGGAGGUUUUGAUUUAGAUAUGACAUAUAUCACUGAAAACAUUAUUGCAAUGGGGUUCCCUGCUGGUGACAUGAGCUCUGGGUUUUUUGGUUAUGUUGAAGGAUUUUACAGAAAUCAUAUGGAAGAAGUGAUCAAGUUUUUUGAGACUCAUCAUAAGGAUAAAUACAAAGUAUACAAUCUUUGUUCGGAGCGGCUGUAUGAUGCAUCAUUGUUUGAGGGGAAGGUGGCUAGCUUCCCAUUUGAUGAUCAUAACUGUCCACCAAUUCAACUGGUUAUAUCAUUUUGUCAAAGUGCUUACUCAUGGUUGAAAGAAGACAUUGAGAAUGUGGUGGUUGUCCACUGCAAGGCUGGAAUGGCCAGGACAGGGUUGAUGAUUUCUAGUCUUCUACUAUUCUUGAAGUUCUUCCCAACUGCUGAGGAGUCAAUGGAUUACUAUAACCAGAAAAGAUGUAUCGAUGGAAAAGGACUUGUUUUGCCUAGUCAGAUUAGGUAUGUCAAAUAUUUUGAACGGAUCUUGACUUACUUUAAUGGCGAAUGCCCACCUGCCCGCAGGUGCAUGCUUAGAGGAUUCCGGCUUCACCGAUGCCCUUACUGGAUCAGGCCCUCUAUAACCGUCUCAGAUCAUAGUGGUGUGUUGUUCUCAACCAAAAAGCAUCCAAGGACCAAGGAUCUUUUGCCAGAAGAUUUUUGGUUUUCUGCACCAAAGAAGGGAGUGAUGGUCUUUGCUUUGCCUGGCGAGCCUGGUCUCACAGAGUUGGCUGGGGAUUUCAAAAUCCAUUUUCAUGACCGCCAAGGAGAUUUUUACUGUUGGUUAAACACAACCAUGACAGAAAACAGGAAAGUUUUGAACACCGGUGAUCUCGAUGGCUUUGACAAGAGAAAAUUACCUUCUCCAGGAUUCCAGGUUGAAGUUGUGCUGUUGGAUAAUAAUGGCAAUGUUGUAACUUCCAACCCUGAAAUUACAAAGAAAUCAGACGAGAGUUCAAGUACCAGUCCUGCUCCUGCCCCAGUUGAGGUGAACACCCCCACACCAAAUGCAGACAAAGAGUCAGGGGAUGGGGAUCAUGACAAAGAUGACGUAUUUUCAGAUGGUGAGGCAGAUAAUCCUGCUUCUUCAACAAGCAAGCAAACGAAGGCCCCUUCUGAAGCAGUUAAAACAGUAGCAAGUGCCUCCAGAGAAUCUGAGGCAAACAAAAUUUCAAAUCAAAUCACAAAUAUAACGCAUGCAACAGAACAAGUUUCUUUGGGUAGUAAGACCUCUAUGCCAAGUCAUAGUACCAGUGAGCCAAAAAGUGACGUUGGUGGAAGAACGGUGUCCAAUCUCGACGAGCCCAGCUCAGAAAGUGAAUUUAAGGCCAUGGCUGCAGAUGCUUCUGUUUUUACGUUCGGAGAUGAUGAAGACUAUGAAAGUGAUUGAGGUUCAAGAAGGAUAUCCUCUUCUAUCUUUAUACUUUGAUAUGUGUACAUAAUAUUGCUUGCAACUUCGUAUUUAACAAUACCAUGUUUAUCCAUUUGUUUGUUUAUUUGUUGUAAUGAUAAAUCUGGCGACCCUCACUGGCAAUGCACUAAUUGAAAAUAAGAUUGCACCAAUUUUUGGGUAUUGAUUGGCCAUGUAAUGUUCCGUUGAUUUGCUGUAGUACUUACAGCAAACGAUCAGACUAUAGAUAUGGUUAUUCACUCAUCUGAAAAAUUGGUAAAUCAUCAUUGGUCAAUUUUUUUUUUCCAAA